AUGUCGUCACCUAUCCUAGAGUUUCAUUAUGAUAUAUCGUGUCCUUUCGCCUAUAUUGCUUCUACAAGAGUUCAGGCACUUGCGGAACGAACAAAUGCAACAUUGAUUCAUCGACCUGUCCUCCUAGGCGCCAUCUAUCGCGCGACUGCAGCACCCCAAGGCGCUGGAGGCUCGGCAUCUGAUGUGUAUAACCCAGCAAAGAAAGCCGUUGGUAAACAAUCCAUAGUCCGAACGUUCAAAAGGUACAAGAUCAGGGAUAACCCGCCACCCCAACACCCGAGGAAAACAGUUAACGCGCUACGACUUCUGUAUUGUGUUCCUGAUGGCGUAGAAAGAAGGAUUUUGACUGCCAGGUUAUACAGCGCGUAUUGGGUCGAAGGGAGAGAUGUUAGUGAUAACAAUGUUCUUCUACAAAUCGUGAAAGAAAGUGGAAUCGCAAGCGGCGAGAAACUGGGCGAGUGGUGCUUUUCCGACGCUCACGCAAAAAGCGAGUUGCAACAAGCUACGGCCGACGCUAUUGAGAGAGGAGCGUUCGGGGUACCUGGUUUCUGGAUUCCAGACGCGUUGUGGAGUGACGUUGGAGGCGACAGCAAAAAAGGCCGGUUCUUUUGGGGACAGGACCGCAUGCAUUUUGUUGAAGCUACAUUGAUCUCUCUCUCGAAUGGCAAGAAUGAGUGGGGAAACGUAUCAGGACUGAGAAGCUUGAUGCCGCGUUGUGUACCCACCAACACACCCAAGGGCAAAACGAAAGUCCAAUUCUGGUUCGAUUUCAGCUCGCCGUGGGCGUUUCUCGGCUACACUCAGCUCGCACGCUUGCAACGCACAUUUCCCUCCCUCGAGAUCGAACUGAAGCCGUUUCUUUUGGGGAUCUUGUUCAAAGAAAUCGGUGCGCCGAACAUGCCAAUGUUGGCUAUCUCAAAGGCCAAAGCACUUUGGUCAAGACAGGACCAUGCGGAUUGGACAGCAUACUGGAAUGCUGUCAAUACGCAAGAGGGUGGGAAAGAUGCGAAAAUUGACUUCUGUUGGGCGAGUCAGUUCCCGAUUCGGACGCCGACUGUACUGAGAGUGAGCAUUGUGGAGCCAAAGACAAUACCACUACUUUUCUCAGCGUGCUGGGAACAGGACGCUAAUGUCUCUGAUGAAGCGGUACUCGCCGCUGUUCUCAAUAAAGGUGGUUUCAACGGCGCUGAGCUUAUCACGAGAGCAAACGCGCCGGCAGCCAAGACUAGACUCAGAGAGUUGACAGCUGAGGCAAAAGAGCUGGGUCUUUGUGGUGUGCCUACGUACCGUGUUCUCCGUGAUGGGGAGCUGGUCGGUGGCGUAGUCUGGGGCCAGGAUGAGAUUGCUGUAGUCGAAGAUUUGAUUGCAGGUUGGGACAUAAGUUCAGAUGCAUUGGCAGAAGCAGGGAAGGUGAACUACGGAAAGGAGAAAGCAGGUUCAAAGCUAUAA